GAUUUACGUCGCGUUCAUCAGUCGUACUCUUGUCGUCAUCGCGCUCGUGUGUCAUCCAUCGCGAUCGUUUCAGGUAGCUCUCUCCACGAUGCAUCUCUUCUACCUUGUCUUUUUCGGUUUACAGGUAGUGACAGCAUCUGGCAAUGAAUGGGGAUAUUCGGGCAAACAUGCACCAAAGAGCUGGCCGGGAAUAUGCAGGACAGGAAAAGAACAGUCACCGAUCAAUAUUGUGACAGAUGAUGCCAUAAGAACUGAUCUUGGUGCUCUCAAAUUCGAUCGAUAUGAUUUUGCAUUUUCUGCCACGCUGAGUAACACUGGACAUAGCAUACAAAUUAAAUUGGAUGGUGUACCGAUCCAUCUAAGCGGUGCAAACUUGCCAUCCGUAUACGUUUUGGAGCAAAUGCAUUUUCACUGGAGCGCCGAACAUACCGUGGACGAUGUUCGUGAUCCAUUAGAGUUGCAUUUUGUGCAUUACGAUAAUCAGUACGCGAAUUUUAGCGAAGCCACGCAGCAUAAGAACGGGAUUGCCGUUGUCGCGGUUCUGUUUGAAUUCGAUAGUUAUGACAAUCCGGAUUUAACCCCAAUUUUGGAGACGACGAAAAUAAUAUCACAUUGGGUGGGAAAGAGCAUGGCACCGAUAAGAAGCAAACUGAUACCUUUAUUGCUGCUACCGAGGGAUCAUACGACGUAUUAUCAUUAUGAGGGAUCCUUGACUACUCCGGGAUGCCAGGAAUCCGUAACAUGGUUUGUUAUGACUGAAAAAGUGCCAAUAUCAGAGACACAGGUGAAUGUGUUUAAACAAGUACACAGCAACAAUGGCACUCUAAAGUCCAAUUACAGACCCGUACAGCAGCUCGGCGAUAGAAAUGUAUAUCAUCGUCUGGAUGGAUAUGCAGUUAGCAGUGCAUCCUUGUAUGCUUCGAGUGUGAUCUGCAUGGUUGUCAGUGUUCUUCUAGUCAAUCUCUUACGGAAGAAGUUUUAGUCUGAAAUAGCAAAAUUCAAUUUUAUUAUGUUACAGCGUAACGCGAUAACAUGACAACUGCGUGAUAUUAUUUUCUUAUAUACAUUGCUUUAGAAGAAACGAAAGAUGUGUAUUAAUUAUAGAAAAUAUAUAUGUGUUAUAUGCGCUUCUGUUAUAACGCAUUAUGUCUAAAAUAAUACAUUGGAAGAUCGGGAUCUACUACAAUACAUAUACAUUAAAAAAUCAAAGUUUUAUAAAUAAUGAAAAAGAUUAUUCUUUUUUCUGAAGUAAUAUAGUGACACAUUUAUCAAGUGUUUGUAAUAAUAAAGAAGAAUUUAUAAUUGUUUUUUAGUUUAUUUUUAUGUGAUGGAUUCAAAUCUUCCAUUGUUAAAUGCGUAGAUGUUAAUCUGGCUGCAAAAAAUCUUUUUAUAGAAACGCAUUUUAUAUUCUUGAUAACAGGCACAAUGAUAUAUUUUUAACUGUCUAAUCGUAAGUGCAUUAAUAUUAAUGAUAACGAUUGGUUAAUAAACCAAAACAAGUGAGAAAUAAAAAAUAAUUUUAUAA